CUAUCAUCUGGGUGUGUUUAUUUUCUGAAUAAUUUUGUGGGUUAUCAGUCUUUUUUGCAUACUUGUAUGUAUGUUUGAAAUGCUUGAAUCAUGAUCUUUAGAUACAUAAUUAGUGGUAUUUAUGUGCUCCAAAACGAAGGGAGAUUCACCUUCAGUCUUUUCAACUAUAAACUCUGUAUGGAGUUCAAAGUUUUCUUUAAAUUUGUUGCUAAAUUUCAUUCAUUUUGAAGAAGACUGUCGUUAAAUUCAUUUCUCUGUGUAUGUGUCUCCGCUUUAUGAUUAUUGCUGUAGGAGAUGACAGAUAAACAAUGGACAUAAGAUGAAACAUCAUAAGUAUUCAAAAACUUAAUCUUUAUACCUUCAUGGAAAGUUUAGGAGAAUGUUUUUCUUAUUUAUAUGAAACCCUAAUGUCUUCUGUUUAUCUCCAGGGGAACUAACGUUCCUAGAGCCUUUCUUCGCAUUCGAUAAAGAUAUGGGAGUGCGUUCUUCGAAGAGUUCGACCACUAAAAAGGGGUCAUCAUAUGGCAAUGCACGUGCUAAUGCAUAUAGCUAUCAUGGUACAGGGGUACAGCCACAUGAGUUGAAGCAAUCGAAUUUGCAAAGUGGCUCAACUCCUUCAACAACGAGCACCGAUAGUUCCACUCUCGAAAAAAGGCAAAUGGAAGAGCCUGUUUCUAUUCCUAAAAUGAGCAUUUCUGGAUAUGGUGGCAAAGAGGAUGAAUUUUAUGAUGGGAUCCCUCGCGUCCCAGCGAUUUUGUCUGAAAAAUCAAGAACUAGAGGCUUCAGGGUCAGUGCCCGCAAAGCUGGUAGCUUAGGGAUAGAAAAGGCUGUCGGUGUAUUGGAUACGCUUGGAAGUAGUGUGACAAAUUUAAAUUCGGGCAGUGCUUUUGUCACGGGGCCAACAACGAAAGGCAAUGAACUAUCUAUUUUGUCAUUUGAGGUUGCCAAUACGAUCAUGAAAGGUUCCAGCCUUAUGCAGUCUCUUUCAAAUAGAAAUAUAAGGCACUUAAAAGAAGUCGUGUUUGUUUCUGAAGGCGUGCAAACUUUAGUAUCUAAAGAUGUGGAUGAGCUUUUAAGAACAGUUGCUGCUGAUAAGAGGGAACAGCUGAAAAUAUUUACUGGAGAAGUGGUUCGUUUUGGAAAUGGAUGUAAAGAUCCUCAGUGGCACAACUUGGACCUUUAUUUUGAGAAACAGAACAGGGGACUUACCCGUCCUAAGCAAUUGAAGGCAGAUCCGGAAGUAGUGAUGCAGCAAUUGCUGACCUUGGUUCAACAUACAGCCGAUUUGUAUCGGGAAUUAUGCGUGUUGGACAAACUGGAGCAAGAUGAUCAACAGAAGCAUCAAGGAGGGGAUAAUUCAAUUUCUGUUUCAAAAGGCCGUGAGCUUGUGAUUAUUAGGCAAGAACUGAAAAGCCAAAAGAAGCAAGUAAAACUUCUAAAGAAAAAGUCACUCUGGUCCAGGAGUAUGGAAGAUGUUAUGGAAAAGCUUUCUGAUACCGUCAUCUAUCUAAACCGCCAGAUAAGAAAUGCCUUCGAAUCAGCAUAUGAUAAUGUAGCAUCAAGUGAAAGUCUAAGCAUUCAACAUACACUAGGACCUGCUGGUCUUGCAUUGCAUUAUGCUAAUAUCGUCCUUCAGAUCGACACAAUCGUUUCUCGAAGCAGCCCGAUGACUUCCAUGGCACGAAGCACAUUAUACCAAAGCCUGCCGCCUGAUAUAGAAUUUUCUUUUCGGUCCAAAGUAGCUUCAUUUCGUGUUGGAAAAGAGCUCGAUGUUCCAGAUAUUAAAGCGGAAAUGGAAAAAACUCUCUGUUGGCUUUCUCCAGUAGCCAUAAACACAGCAAAGGCUCAUCAUGGUUUUGGUUGGGUUGGCGAGUGGGCAGACACCGGUUCAGGAGGAGGGCGAAAACCAAAUGGGCUGAAUGAUAUAAACCGGAUCGAAACACUUAACCAUGCAGACAAAAAGACGACAGAAGCUUAUAUUGUUGAACUCUUGUUGUGGCUCAACCUUUUGAUAAACCAGAUCAAGAUCAACGCAAAUGUAGGCGAAAUGCAGCCAAAUAAGGAGUCCCCGAAAGAUGCCAAUCAGCAAGAAGCUUCUGUUCCAAGCCCAGAAGACCAUGGUUUAGAGCACAAAGACACACGUAUUGAAGAGAUCACCGACAAGGGUCCGGUUUUUGAUGUGGGCUCAGGACACGAGAACGAAAAGGCAUCAGGUUAUGUGCAAACUGAAGGGUUGGUUGCAUGAUGGUCCGUGUAGAACCCUUUCUACGUGUAAAGACAAGACACAAGGGCUUUGUAUACAUGAACGAACCAUAAGGUCUAGGUUUUGGCCAUAAUGGUUUUCGUGUCGGUCUCAAUCAUGUCCCACUGAUUAGGUGAAAAACAUCAGCUUCUUAGUUAAUAUAAAUAAAUAUAUUUAAUUUACGUAGAUGAUGGACAUAAAUAAGUAGUUGAGUAUAUAUUAUUGUAAUAAUGUGAGUGAAUUUUUGGUUUGUUUCACUUUUCACUUUCU